UGGAAGGAAGAAUAUAUGAUGUAUGCAUGGACAAUGGAUGGACGGUUUGGAUGGCAGGAAUGAAGAAUGGGUGGGUGGAUGGAAGGAAGGAAUGAAGGAUGAAUGGAAGAUAGAUAGAUAGAUAGAUAGAUAGAUAGAUAGAUAGAUAGAUAGAUAGAUAGAUAGAUAGAUAGAUAGAUAGAUAGAUAGAUAGAUAGAUAGAUAGAUAGAUAGAUAGAUGGAGGAAUGAAGGAAGGAAGGAUGCACCACCUUGCAUAAUAAAAAUAAACAGAAUCAAUACCAAUAAUCUGCAGUAGAAAAUCCAACCCAUAUGCGUAAACCCAGUGGUCCCUCCAACAGUGACCGCCAAAUGUGACCCUGCAGAGCAGACUGCUUCUGAUGGAGACCGACCAGGAAAAAAAAAAAAAAAAAACUCCAGGAAUUUUUCCCUCAGUUUUCCUUUGCUUCAAGUUUCAGGAAGUGAGAAAGGAGGGAAAAUGAAAUCCAGACCACAGAGGCUUUGGGAGGCUGGGGGGCGGGGGGCAGCUCUCGGAUCAGAUGUCCAGACAGAGGCGGAGUUGCAACAUUCAACUUCACUUGAGCUCCCAUUUUCACACAAAAGCUCAGAACCGGACCAGCUGGGAGACCGAUGUCCAUCUGGAAGUGUGUGUGUGUGUGUGUGUGUACGUCUGUUAACAGUGUGUGUGUGUGUGUGUGUGUGUGUGCGGAAUGAGAGAAUGAGAGAAUGAAGCGGGAGCGUCGCUGAGUCGGCAGAAGCUGCUGAGUCUGCGCUUUGGUGGCGUGGCGAACAUGUGGAAGAGGUGGACGCCAGGAGAAGAUGAGAGCGAGCGGGAGGACAACGAGGGCGGGACAAGCGGCGGGACGCUCCCGGCCCACCAUUGAGCCUUGAACCCAUGAACCGGACUCGUAGCGCCCUGCUCGGCCUCCCCCCUCCUCCCUCUCCCCCUCCUCCUCCUCCUCCGUCAUCUUUCUCCAGUCACUUCAGUACCAUGAGGUUCUCCUACCACCUCGACAACAACGCCGCCGGGAGGACAGGUCCCCCAUCCUCCUUGAGUCCAAGCUUGCUGGCAAAGAGUCUCUCUCUGGAGCCUCCUUGUGGCUCCCAGCAGCCCUCCUCCUCCUCCUCAAGUUCUGCCGGGCUCCAGGAGGAGGAGGUGAAUGACACGGGACCACCACAGUUUAGUAAGAGCCGACUUCCUCUUCUCGGACCCAAGCCUCAAGUCCCCCCCAAGCCGCCCCACCUGCAGCAUCAGGUGGGAGCGUUGAGGACCCGACCCCGGGCACCAGACAAGCCGCUGCCCCCUCCGCCACCCUGCAAGCCCCCCCGUCCUGAGGACCAUGCUUCACCGACCUGCGUCCUGUCACUUAUCGAAAAGUUUGAGCGUGAGCAGAUCAUCAUGGUUCCUGACAUCACCGGUGGGGCUCUGUGUCCCCGCCUCCUCGACACCCCCUUAUCUCGACCUUCAUCUCCACCAUCAUCAUCGUCAGCCCCCACCGUCCCCGAGGAGGAGGAGGGGCUCCCCGAGCUCAAACAUCACGAUGACGUUGUGGAAGAAGUGGAGGGGCCAGAGGAGCUGGCAUCUGUGGAGACGAGCAAGCAUCCGCCGCCCGACCAAUCGGGUCUGCCGCCCGAGCGUUUGUCCAUCCCCUCCUCCUCGCAGACCGAUGGCAAGCUGGCUAAUCGCGACAGUGGCAUCGACAGCAUCAGCUCACCGUCACACAGCGAGGAGCUCUGCUUUGUGGGCGUGGACGACAGUAGCGGCAGCGGCGGCGUUUACUCCUGCGGCUUCCCCCGACUUUCCAGCUCAUCCUCGUACGCCGGCGAGGGAGAGGACGGUGAGGCAAGGGGCGUGGCCAGGAGGAGGGACUUCUCGGAGGAUGCAGACAGCGACCUGGAUGAGGAGGAGGAGGAGAGUGAGCUUACCUUGGUGCUUCCAGCCCCCAGACAAGACUUGGCUGAGUUGUCCGUCCAGCAGAGAGUGUUCAACAUCGCCAACGAGCUCCUUCACACAGAGAUCUCCUACGUUUCCAAACUCCACCUCCUGGACCAGGUCUUCUGCGCACGACUGUUGGAGGAAGCGCGCUCUCGCUCCUCCUUCCCAUGCGACGUCAUUCACGGAAUCUUCUCCAACAUAUGCUCCAUCUACUGCUUCCAUCAGCAGUUUCUCCUGCCGGCCCUGCAGAAGCGCAUGGAGGAGUGGGACUCGAACCCACGCAUCGGAGACAUCCUGCAAAAGCUGGCGCCCUUCCUGAAGAUGUACGGAGAGUACGUGAAGAACUUCGACCGCGCCAUGGAGCUCGUCAACACGUGGAUGGAGAGGUCGGCUCUGUUUAAGAGCAUCAUACACGACAUCCAGAGGGAUGAGCGCUGCGCUAACCUAACGCUCCAACAUCACAUGUUGGAGCCGGUCCAAAGGAUUCCUCGAUAUGAACUCCUGCUCAAAGAUUAUCUACACCGCCUACCGGAGGACGCGCCGGACUACAAGGAUGCUCAUAAGUCUCUGGAGCUCAUCGCCACAGCAGCUGAACAUUCCAACGCCGCCAUCAAGAAGAUGGAGCGAAUGCGGAAGCUGCUGAAGGUCUAUGAGCUCCUGGGCGGCGAAGAGGACAUUGUGAACCCGACCAACGAGCUAAUCAAGGAGGGGCACAUCCUCAAAUUGUCCAACAAGAACGGCACAUCGCAGGAUCGAUACCUCAUCCUGUUCAACGACAGGCUGCUCUACUGCGUUCCCAAGCUGCGUCUAAUUGCACAGAAGUAUGGCGUCCGCGCUCGCAUCGACGUGGACGGUAUGGAGCUGAAGGAGACGAGCAGUGCAGCAGUUCCUCGGACCUUCUUGGUGUCGGGCAAGCAGCGUUCGCUCGAGCUGCAGGCCAGGACAGAAGAGGAGAAGAAGGACUGGAUCCAGGCCAUCCAAGCCACCAUCCAGAGACACGAGCACACCAUGGAGACAUUCCGUCACCUGACUUGUUCGCUACGAGAUGACGAGUCCACACCCCCUCACUCCCCGAGCUGUGCCGAGCUGGGCAAGCGUGCGCCGACGCCCAUCCGUGAGAAGGAAGUGACGUUGUGCAUGAAAUGCCAGGAGGCAUUCAACGCCCUCACCAGGAGGCGCCACCACUGCAAGGCCUGCGGUCACGUGGUUUGUGGGAAAUGCUCCGAGUUCCGUGCCCGCCUCUCCUACGACAACAACCGCACGAACCGUGUAUGCAUGGACUGCUACGCCAUGCUGGUCGGCGUGUCCCCGCCGCCUUCCGUUGUGGCCGGCGGCAGCCAGAGGAGGCGCUCCAUCCUGGAGAAACAAGCUUCGUUGGCGGCCGAGAACAGCGUCAUGUGCAGCUUCUUGCAUCACAUGGAGAAAGGGGGCGGCCGGGGCUGGCAGAAGGCCUGGUUCAUCAUCCCCGAAAACGAACCCCUGGUGCUCUACAUCUACGGAGCUCCUCAGGACGUGAAGGCGCAGCGCAGCAUUCCUCUGAUUGGCUUUGAAGUUUCCCUCCCGGAGUCAUGUGACCGCCUGGAGCGUCGUCACACCUUUAAGAUUUCCCAGAGUCACCUGACGCUCUACUUCAGUGCAGACGGCGAGGAGCUCCAGCGCCGAUGGAUGGAUGUCCUGUCCAGGGCCGGGAAAGGGGAGGAGCCCCAGCUUCACCAGCCAAUUGUGGAGAGCGUGGAAGAAGAGGGGGAGGAGCCGGACGGGGCGGAGGUCGACAACACGUGAUUUGAUUGAAUGAGUGAUGACGUCGGGGGGUGGUGCCGACCAUUGGAGCUUAUUUAACCUGCAUGGACACAGGGUGGAACAUUACCCAUAAGCCUCUGCACAGCUGUGAUGUCACAUGCUGACUGAAAGCACAAUCCUAUGCCUCCUGACGCCGCCAUUUUGUUUUGAUAACAUCAUCCACUACACAUAAUGCUCUGCAAAAGGCAAGUCAUGACGCCCCACCCCAAAUGGAAGAAUCUCGAAUGCAGCGUCAGCGUGGCGGCGAUGUCCUGACGGGACAUGCUUGGAUGCGAUCGUUAAUUGUGACUUCAUAAUGGCCAUUAUUCAUUUAAUUUUUUUUAUUUCAGGUUUUUAUUAUAUUAUUUCAUUCCAUCUCGUGUUAUUGAAGAUUUAAUGUAAGAAAACAAAUCAAGAAACUAAACAAAUGUGGUGGACACACAGAGGAGAAACCAGGAUUUAGACGGAGCCCGUUUGCCAUUCUCUUCUUCUUCUUCUUCUUCUUCUUCUUGUCAUUCUGAUGAUUUGAUGUUGGAUGUUUUGUCUGUGUGUUUGUGUGUGAGGGUUUGUGUGCGCAGGUGCAUGUGUGUGUGGUUUACUUGGUACCGAACCAACUUUUGUAAAUAUAAUUUAUUCACCUGCAGUCACAUGACCAUGUCAGCAGGAGGGAAGAAGUCGGGAGCACCAAGCCUCGCGUAGCAACUGACUAGCUUCCUGGGAUGGAGCAGGCUCUUUUUGCUAAGAUAGGCAAAUCUUAUUCUGGAACUUUGAUGGUUUUUGUUCAUUAGGAUCACUGCAUUUGUGGGAAUGUUUUUUUUCCCCAUACUUGGCUUUCAUUAUGUGUUUUUACUAUGUUGUUUUUAGGGUUAAGCCUAGAGUAGCGAUUCGGGGGGCAUGCUCUUUGUGCUAAAAUAGGCUAAUCUUAUUCCGGAACAUUGAUGAUGGUUGUUUAUUAAAAUAACCACAUUUGUGUAAAAACUCUUUUUUUUUUUAAGACUUAACUUUGAAAGCGCGGUUUUAGCCAAGCGUAGCCGCUGGCUAGCUUUCUGGGAGGGAUAAGGCUCUUUGUGCUUAGCUAGGCUGAUAUUUUCCUGGAACUUAAUGUUAAUUCAUUGAGAUCACCACAUUUGUGUGAAUGUCUUCUUGUUUUGUUGCCAACUUAGGUUUCAGUGCGUGUUUUUAGCAUUAAGCCUAGCGUAGCAACUGACUAGCACCCUGGGAAGGAGAAGACUCUUUGUGCUAAACUAGGCUAAUCUUAUUCUGUAAAUUUUAUGAGCUUUGUUCAUUAAGAUCACUGCAUUUGUGGGAAAAUCUGUUUUGGUUUGUUUCCAACUUGGCUUUCACAGUUUGUUUUUACCAUGUUGUUUUUAAGGCUAAGCCUUGCCCUUUUUGCUAAACUAGGCUAAUCUUAUUCCGGAACUUUGGUGGCGUUUGUUCAUUAAAAUCAUAGUGUUUGUGCGAAAGUCUUUGUUGUUGUUCUUUCCAACUUGACUUUCAUGCUGUGUUUUUAGCGCCAAGCCUAGCGUAGCAACUUAGUAGCUUCCUAGGAGGGACCAGGCUCUUUGUGCUAAAAUAGGGUAAUCUUAGUCUCGAACUUUGAUUACUUUCAUUAAGAUCACUGUUUGUGUGAAAGCCUUUUUUCAACUUUCUUUUGACUUUCACUGCGCGUUUGUUGCCUGUUGGUUUUAACUUGUGGCGCUCCUCUUCCCUCAGUGAUGUUAGAAGGAAAUGGCCUUACAGUUGAUCAUUUUUUUAAUGUACUCUGAAGCUUCUGACUAUGUGUCUUUGUGCUUUAGUCGACAUGGUGCUGAAUGCUAGAUGACGUCUAUUGCUGGAUGAUGACAAUUCCUUCCCUUCCGCGAGCUAGCGGACAAGCUAGGCUGAUCCUUCCAGUCGCGUGACUCGUUCUAAGUGACAGCAGACGAGCGGGGCUGAUGUUUACACGUGGUCACAAUGUGGCGCUGUGAGUUCUGAGUGAACUUGUGCCAAAUGCAGUGCUCUAUUGUAAUAAUGUUAUCGUUGUUGGGCUUCUUGCCUCUGGUGAGUGUGUUUCUAUUUUUACAGUUCACACGUAGGGUAUCGUGGACUGUAAAUGGCUGCUGUUACCAUGGAGACCAACACAUCUUCAAAUUAAAGUCACGUGAAUGGACUUUCUGUUACAGCUUAUCCCUAAUAAAAGAUCUCUCGUUCUAGUAAGCCCUGAAUUUUUGGGAGCCCCAUGUUGCCAUAGCAACCGCUAGGCUCCUAAACCUGCUCUUUGGUGUUGUCGUGGUAAACACUAACAUCCACACCGUAUAGUGUCUUGUUGCUAUGGUGGGUGCCAAGUUCCAGUGCUGCUUGGUUGCUGUGGCAACAGCAGUGAGAGAUUGACGAUUCAUGAGUGUGAUUGGUUAGUGGCCGGCCACUGCCUUCCUUAAACCUUGUCUGUCACUUUGCCUUGUGAAUGACAUCACGUGUUAAAGAAAUUAAAAUAAAGCAUUAACAAAAGGA